GUGUGCGCGCGCGCGCUGGAGCUGGCGCGAGCUGGUCCAGCACCGAGGCGGCGACAGCGGUCACACGUUAAACAUCAGCGACCCGCGCAUGUUAUUCUGCGGAUUGAGGGCUCGUGAGAUUUCAGCCGUGCGGAUUUGACCCAACAUAUAGAGGAGGGCGCUCGAGCUCUACCGUUUUUCACGCACGGCACGCACGUAGACCCGGUGAAAUAGUCACGCGGACAGAAUCUGUGGAAUCUGUCGCGUGUGAUCCUGCGCGGCCGGAGAGCAUCCCGGCAGAGAGCGAGGCCCGGUCGGUCGGUCGGUGGUCGGUGUGGGGUCUGUGGCACCGCGCGGAGGGGAGGUAGAGCGGGACUUGUGCUGGACUCCUGGCCGAAUCGGAGCAUCCCAGCGUCCCGGCAGCAUCCAUCCCUCCGUGCCUCAGCUCCAGCGGGAGGCCCGGAGCGGUGGCAGGAUGUAGCAGCGGAUUAACGGAGGAGAGAGGGGCGCUCAGAGGAAGAGAGCGGGACCGAGCGGACUGAGGCGGGACGGAGGGGACAUGGGGAAGGACCAGGAGCUGCUCCAGGCCGUGAAGACCGAGGACUUGCUGACAGCUCAGCGGCUUCUACAGAGACCACGGCCGGGAAAAGCCAAGCUCCUCGGAGCAACAAAGAGGGUGAAUGUCAACAUCCAGGAUGCAGAUGGGUUGUCACCGCUGCACCAUGCUGCUCUGAGUGGUAACAAGGAUCUGAUCUCUCUGUUGUUGGAGGCCCAGGCAGCAGUGGAUAUUAAAGACCACAAAGGGAUGCGUCCUCUGCAUUAUGCUGCAUGGCAGGGGAAGACUGAGCCAAUGAAAAUGCUGCUGAAGGCUGGGUCGUCAGUCAACGGGCAGUCAGAUGAAGGACAGAUCCCUCUCCACCUAUCAGCUCAGCAUGGACACUACGAUGGGUCAGAGAUGUUGCUGCAACACCAGUCCAACCCGUGUAUCUCAGACGCAGCAGGGAAAACGCCAUUGGACCUCGCCUGUGAAUUUGGACGUGUCGGAGUGGUCCAGCUCCUGCUCAGCAGCAACAUGUGUGCGGCCAUGCUGGAACCGAAACCCUCCGACCCCAACGGAGUGUCACCUCUGCAUCUCGCUGCCAAGAACGGCCACAUCGACGUCAUACGGUUGCUGAUUCAGGCUGGUAUAGAUAUCAACAGACAGUCUGAGUCUGGCACAGCGCUACAUCAGGCCGCCCUCUGUGGGAAGACCGAGGUAGUACGCCUGCUGCUGGAUAGUGGCAUCAGUGCAGGAGUGAGAAACACUCUGAGUCAAACUGCCCUGGACAUUGUGAACCAGUUCACUACCACACAGGCCAGCCGAGAGAUCAAACAACUACUGAGAGAUGCUUCGGCUGCAAUGCAGGUGAGAGCACUGAAGGACUACUGCAACAACUACGACCUAACCAGCCUCAACAUCAAAGCUGGAGACAUUAUCACGGUUUUGGAGCAGCACUCAGACGGUCGAUGGAAGGGUUGUAUUCAUGACAACCGCACAGGAAAUGACCGUGUGGGGUAUUUUCCCUCCAACAUGGUAGAAGUCAUCAAGAGGGCAGGUCACUCCCCCUCCCAGCAGUGCCACACCCUCCUGCUCCGUAGGCCCAACCCCUGUCCCAUUGCCUCGGUCAACGGACACUCAUACCCCCCCUCCAAAGUCCUCCCCCUGCAUCUGCCUCCCCCUCCACCCCCUCACCCCAACACACAGUCCCUCCCUCGGUUCUCGUCCUUUGGGUACGUUCCUCUUCCCAUCUCUCCACCUUCUCUGUCUACUCCUCCUCUGUCCACUCCUCCUCCUCCUCCUCCUCCUCUCUCCACUUCUCAGGAGCAGCAGAGUCAGACAGGUUCGCGAACUGCAGAGCUGAGUCCUCAAGGCUCUCCUACCCUAGGACAACAGAGUAGCACCAGUGAGGAUAUAUGGGUGCUACGCAAACCGCUGGCAGGUGGCGAGCGCAGUGGCAGUGUGGGCAGUCUCGGCAGUGUUCGGUCAUCAAGCAGCUUGCAGAGCUCUGGAAACACACAUGUUCUGACCACCCCUGCACCCAGUCCACACCCUGCGCCCACACCAGGCGUCAACACACAUGGCCUUAACGCUCCAGGCCUGCACGCACAAGCCGAAGGGGUAAAGCUCCUGGCCACCGUGCUUUCCCAGUCGGUUAAAGCCAAGGAGCAUCUCUUGGAGCAAUCGCAGUCCGUUGAGCAGUCAGCGAGCUCUUCCAGUUCCGCAGUCCAUGAACAACGGUCGUUUGAGCGGAAGGCAGAGGAGGAUGAUGGGAAAAAGCAGGCAGUAGUGGCGUGGCUGGGUGAGUUUCAGCUGCAGUUCUACACCACCCACUUCCUCACCGCGGGAUAUGAUCUAGACACCAUUAGCCGCAUGACCCCUGAGGACCUGACGGCAAUUGGGGUCAUGAAGCCUGGACAUCGAAAGAAGUUAACAUCAGAGAUCAUCAAGCUGCCCUCCACAGACUGGCUGCCAGACCACAAGCCUGCCAAUCUGGCAGACUGGCUCUCCCACCUGGGUCUUAGUCAGUACUACCAAGUUCUGGUGCAAAAUGGGUAUGAAAACAUUGACUUCAUCUCUGACAUCAGCCUUGAAGAUCUGCAAGAGAUUGGUAUCACGAAACUCGGCCAUCAGAAGAAACUGAUGUUGGGAGUGAGGAGACUGAAGGAGCUACAGAGACGAGAAAGUGGUUCUGAGCCUCCUCAGAGCCCCUCUACACCUCCGUCCAGCCCAGGUGGCAGCACGGGCUCAGAGCCCCGGAGGGAGGCGAGGAAGCAGAGGGAUGGUGCCCCCAGCCCACUGGCCAAACCUCGCCCAGGUCUCACACAUUCACAGACCCCUCCCCAUACACCGACACAAACCCCACCACAAACUCCCCCACAUGUCCGGACCCAGCAGGCCUCCCCCAGGGCCCGGCCGCGUCCCUCCACCCAGAUGGCAGCAAUAGAUGCGUCAGUGCCACUGCUUCGGCUGCCCAGCGAGGAGGAAGAGCGACAGAGAACUCACAGUCUUAUUGGCUCAGAAUCAGACUCUAGAUACGCCACCGUGUGCCGCAGCAGCUCCGCACGUACUGCCGCCCCUAAUGAUGUCACUGUUAACCGUAGCCAAUCAUCUGUCACACUCCGUCCCCGUCGCAAAGGUCGGCCCCCAACACCACCUAAACGGUCUUGUUCUUCCAUAACUGGGGGUGACGGGGAGGGAGAGGGACAGGGGGAGGGACUACUAGGGCUGCCAACCUAUCGAGAGCGGCGAGCCAGUGACUGCGGCAGCCUGGGGUCAGCUUUAAGGGCUCAGGGCUCAGCAGGCCUGGAGAGAUCAGAGGGGGCUUCUGGGAGUGUUCGCAGCCUUGCCGCCAUGUUGGAAACAUCCAUCGUAGGUGGAGCCAAAACCCUGCCGAAGAAUCUGGGAAGCAGCACCAACUACUUACAGGUGAGUCCACCAAUACUUCGUCGCCAGGCAGGCGCAGGAGGUCUUGGAUCUGAGGAGGAUGAUGCCAAAAGUCGGCGCAGAACCAUCAGUGGACCAGAAGGCAUCCCUGGUGAUCAGACUGACCUGUUACCUCGGCAACCAGCCCAACAGCGUCCAGAGCCCAGGCCUCGAUCCACCGUGGUCACCUCAACAUCAGAGAUCGCAGAUGGCACGGUGACACUGCGAAGGAAGCCUCAUCCCCUGGCAACAGACUCUAAAGCGCCUGUGACUACCACUGUUGUUACCAUGACAACCGGCUCUGAAACCAUACGCAGGAGACCACGCACCGAGCACACAGAUAGUGUCAGUCAAAGCAAUAACCAAUCAGACUCUCCCAGCAGUCAAACAGAUAGUAGGAAAAACGGAGUUGAGGCGCAGCAAAACGGUGGCGUGGUCCUGAGGCGGAGGCCGGUGUCUGAGGUCUCUGACAAGACGGAGGCCAACAGAGAGAGCUGUGAGUGGAUGGAGGCCAGGAAGUCUCUAAAGCCGGCAGUGUCACCCAAACCAUCCUCAGUCACCCUGAGGAAGACACAAGCUGAACCCCCAACACCAACCCGCAGGGUCCCAAUACCAGGGCCUGAUAAUACUGACAUGGCACGGAGCCCUGACCCGAAGCGUGUCCCUCCUCCUGUCUCCCCGAAACCCCGCGGCCCUCCGACGGCACCUAAACCAGGCAAGGCAAUCGUAGCUUCAGCUACCAUGAGCCCGAGUCCUGCUGCUACCAGUCCCACCCCGGCCCCAAAACCGUCCUCUCCGCCCUCUGCCGCCCCCCUUCCAGCUCCUGACACCCCUUCUGCUCCUUGCCUCUCUCCUGGACUUCCCCUUACAUCCCCCUCUCCGGCCCAGAGUCCCUCCACCCCCUCACCCCACCCUGUCAAACCUCCCCGCUCCUCCAUCGCCGGCCUCUCCAUCGACUUGCUGGGAGGACGGGAGGUAGAGGAGGAAGAGGAGAGGAGGAGAGAGGAGGAGGAGAGGAGUAAAGAGAGGGAGCACAAGAGGCACAAAGAGCAAGAGGAGGAGAGGAAGAGAGCAGAGGAAGAGAGCCAGAGGGAGCUGGAGAAGAAGCCCUCAAGGAAGGAUGGAGCGAGAGAAGAGGUGGAAAGUCACACAGAGGGCGAAGAGCAGGAGGAGGAGGAGGAGGAGGAGGCGCAGCACCGUUUGGAGGAGACCAGUGCCUCUUUGGCUGCAGCUCUUCAGGCUGUCGAGCAUAAAAUCAAAGAGGAGGACGCACAAAAUGACUCUCUUUCCAGCAAAAAGACGACAGUCUCCAUCUUGGAUGACAUCGGCAGCAUGUUUGACGACUUGGCAGACCAACUAGACGCAAUGCUCGACUGAUCUCCUGCCCACGUCUCAUUUCCAACAAGCUCUUUCCCUCUCCCCCAUCAUGUGUAGGUGUAUCAAGAAAAGCUCUCCCAAGGCUCGAUGCUGGCGCUCUGAGAGUGUGUGUGUGUGUGUGUGUGUGUGUAUUUCAGAGUGUGUCCUUCCUGCACGAGCGCUUCUCAUGUAGCCUUGUACAGUAUACUGAGGAGGGAGACCUCUUCGUCUGCUGCAGUAGCUCUAGUACGCCUCCUGACGCGAGGAGGCCGCUCCCACACAACCUCUGACCUCUGCAGCCCAGCGAGUCACCGCCGCCCAGCCCUCAGACGGCUGUGUGGACUGAGAAGCACAAUCAUUUUCCUCAUCCUUUAUCUCCACAGACUCUGGCUAGGACAGAGAUGCAAACCCAGUCAGAUGGCGAGACAGACAGAUAAGCAUAUUGCUUGCAAAAAUAAGCACAUAAACGGACUGACAGACAGGCAGAUGGAUGAAUAGAUGACUAGAUGAGAUAGAUAGAUAGUCAGAUAGAUGCAUACAGAUGAGACCCUGGAGAGAGUUUUUAAAAGCACAAAGAAAGACAGGCCACUUUCUGAGUCUGUCUCACUCCUGCGAUGACAACAGGAUGCAUUUUUCCAGAUGAAUCGUAGCCUCUACUUCUCUUGUGUAUGAGUGGAGGAUUGUGGUUAGCCGGACUUCCUGAGCUGUGUGUUGUCUCUCUUCAUGUUGUUGUUCUUGCUGUUGUUGUUAUUGUUGCCGUUGUUGUCGUUAUGAGUGUGUGUAGUCCCUGCUGAUGCUCAUGUCAAUGUCCUCCCACUCGUACAGUAGUUAUACUAAUGAUCAGACCGACGAUAUAGAUGUGUGUCCACGAAUUUUAAGACACUCACACACACACACACACGCACACACACACAAGUACACACACACACGCACACAGACACACAAAUGCACAUCACGUCGGUUUUAAUCUCGCUGGUGUUCUGCUUUGUUGGUGUUUAGCUCCACCUAUGGAGGUUUGCUUGGAAAUGAUUCCACACAUAUACAAUACAAAGACUGACAUAUACACAUUCACAUGCAAACACACACACACAUAUAUAUAUACAAGCACACUCAUGCGGUGUAUCCCUUGUCCUGCUGCAGUGAACAGUGUUUUUAAAAGAUAAUCCUAUAUUUCAAUGCUUUAUAUAGUCAAUCCAGUAUACAUACAUAGAGUUUAUAAUAUACCUGGGUAUUUGAGCUGUUAGAGCUCCCUCUAGUGUUGGUUAGUGAAACUGCCUCUAAUCUGCCCACCUUCCAUCUUGUCUUCCCCCUUUUUUUUUAUCUCCCUUUGUGUCCAUUAUUUAACUCUGCAUCUCUCUGUGCCUUGGUAGUGUUCUUUCAUAUAUUCAAGAUUAUUUUUGUCUCUUUUUUUCUUGUUUUCCAUUCCAAAACGUUUAAUGGUUUUCUCUGUUUCCUCACAAACCCAUGCUCCUUGUGUGUCUGUGAUGUCAAACGUAGCUUAUAGGUUGAGUUGUGAGUCCUAUAUGAUCCCUGAAAUCAAUCGCCCUGUCUGCAGUCCUCCUGUAACCAUUGAGAAGCCUUGUUUGAGGCCAUUUAAACCCCCCUCCCCUCCUCCUGUAAGCUGUAAUAAGUUGGCUCUGCUCCACCUCGACUCCCCCAGUUUUCAGUGGUCCCUCAUGUAGGCCAGACAGUGGAUCAACCACCAGUGUUCAUCCCGAUGAAGAGUCUACUUGUAUUUUUAUGCUCUUUGAAAACAAAGAUAUAUUUGAGAGACAGAUGGUUCUAUGUUAAUAAUAAAAAUGAAAAUAAUGAUAAGACAUUGAAUUGAGGUGAGCUGAUUGAGCCUGUACAUUUAUGGUUGAGUUCUGGAUGUGUUGUGACGGCUGUUGUGCCAUGGUUGGGUUUAGGUUGUGUUUCUGCUGUGAUGAUGCAUUCCUGUACAGCUGUGAUCAGAAUAAAUGUAUAAAUUAAACCUUA